AUGCAGAUCUCUGUGAAGACCCUGACGGCAAGACCAACAUUCUCGAGGUCGAGCCGUGACACCACUGAGAAUGUUAAAGCCAAAAUCCACGACAAGGACGGCAUCCCGCCCAACCAGGGCAAACAGCUGGAGGAUGGCUGCACUGUCUCAGACUACAAUAUCCAGAAGGAGGCCACGCUGUACUUGGAGCUUCACCUGCAGGGUGGCAUCAUCGAGCCUUCCCUCUGCUAG